UAUUAGUUUCUAGUAAGUAAAGUUUAGUAUCAAACUCUCUCUCUCUCUCUCUCUCUCUCUCUCUCUUCCAUCACAUCACUUUCUUCCCUUUUUCUCUCACUUCCUCCUUCGCCGGUUUCCGGCCGAAAAACCAUGUUUUGACGGCGCCCCAAUUCCGGCGGAAUCAUGCGGCGGUUCCACCCUACCUUAGAUCCGCUCCUUUUCUUUCAUUUCCAGAUGAUUCUGCCCCUUUAGCUGGAAAUUCAGAAAAAAGGAAUAAAGAAUAUUGCUGAUUUUCUGUUAACGUGCAAAUUGGGUGAAGACCCUGAAAGGGAUGAUUUUUUUUAGCAUAAGGUGAUUACAUAUUCUAAAAUGGAGUUUCUGAAAUUGAUGGAAAGAAUAAAGAGAUAGAGAUUAGCGGCAUGCCCAUAUUGGGAUUUGGGUAUAAGCUGCAUGUGAAAGAAUUGUGCAGUUUUUGGUUUGGAAACAGUGAAGAGUUGUUAACAUGACAAAGAAAUUACGGUCUGAUUCUUCCAUACAAGAGGAUGAUGAGAAAGUGAGUAGCUUUGUGAGGAUGGAUUCAAGGGAAGGAGUGAAUGAUGGUUUUUCUAGGAAUGGACCAAGUGAUUCGCUUCUCCCUGGUCUUAUUGACGAUGUUGCGCUUAAUUGCCUUGCUUGGGUUAGUAGAUCUGAUUAUACUUCACUAUCAUGCAUAAAUAAGAGGUACAACUUGCUGAUUAAGAGUGGCUAUUUAUCUGAGUUGAGGAAGAAAUUGGGAAUUGUUGAGUUGGAGCAUUUGGUUUAUUUAGUUUGCGAUCCGAGAGGGUGGGAGGCAUUUGAUCCUAAGAGAAAUAGGUGGGUAGUGCUACCUAGGAUACCUUGCGACGAGUGUUUUAACCAUGCAGACAAGGAGUCCUUGGCUGUGGGCAGUGAGCUGUUGGUUUUCGGCCGUGAAUUGAUGGAUUUUGCCAUUUGGAAGUAUAGCUUGGUUUGUCGUGAAUGGGUGAAGUGUGAGGGCAUGAACCGACCUCGCUGUUUGUUCGGAUCUGGCAGUCUUGGUUCGAUUGCUAUCGUUGCUGGUGGAAGCGAUAGGUAUGGAACUGUUCUAGAUUCUGCUGAGUUGUAUGACUCUUCAUCGGGUACAUGGGAAUUGUUACCACACAUGCAUACGCCGCGUAGAUUGUGCUCUGGUUUCUUUAUGGACGACAAAUUCUACGUGAUUGGUGGAAUGUCGAGUCCUACUGCUUCAUUGACUUGUGGGGAGGAGUAUAAUCUUAAGACAAGAAGUUGGCGGAAAAUCGAGGGCAUGUAUCCGUAUGUCAAUGGGGCUGCUCAAGCACCUCCACUUGUGGCGGUGGUGGAUAAUCAAUUGUAUGCAGUUGAGCAUCUAACCAACAUGGUGAAGAAAUACGACAAGGACAGUAAUUCAUGGAGCGAAUUGGGAAGACUUCCAGUUCGGGCCGAUUCUUCGAACGGAUGGGGCCUGGCUUUCAAGGCUUGUGGAGAGAAACUUCUUGUUGUUGGCGGACAAAGAGGUCCAGAAGGCGAAGCUGUUGUACUGAAUUCAUGGUGUCCUAAAACAGGUGUCAGCAAUGGAACCAUCGAUUGGCAGGUACUUGGCGUGAAGGAGCACGUCGGAGUGUUUGUGUACAAUUGCGCCGUUAUGGGUUGGUCCGGGGAGAUGCGUCUAGAUUGACUCAACCGUGGUGCGGGUAACUUAGCUUUGAAGGGGGUUCUUCUAUGUUCAUUCAUCUCAUUUACUAAGUUAAUUGUUGAUGGGGUAGCAUUCCCUAGAUGAGAAUUUCGGGUUCUUUUCUUUUUUAACAUGGCUUAUUUGGAUGUGUUUCUUACUUUCACGGUCCAUAAUUUUUAUCUGCUUUUGAUGAGAUUACUGAGUAGGCUUACACAGAUAUGUUCUGCUAUCCAACUUAUGUAAACCAAUAAAAACAAGGGAGUUUCACUGUUUAAUGCUUUGAUGCUCAUUCUUUGCUGCUUCUUUUAUUA